ACAGUAGAAGGGAGUGGUACGUCAAAAACUGACGCACAGCGGCAGGCAAAACAAGUCCAUAGUUUAAUAGCCAGCACACACCGCACCACAAUAAUAAUAUAAACUGUAAAAUAUAUAAAAAAAAAUAGUAACACUCAAGUCCAGGCCAAAACCAGAAACCCAAAUAUUACGUGACCAAGUGCAGCUAAACAAAAAAAGAAAAAAACAAAGAGGAAAAUCUAUAACUAUCGAAGAGCAAAUUGUGUGUGUGUGAAGAAAAAACAAGCCACAAAUCAGAGCGAAAAACAGGAGCAGCAGCGGUAACGUCGGCAACAUUGCAACAUUGCAACAACGCAACAACGAAAGCCAGAUACCUUGAACUGCGGAGAUAGCCGGGGGUACAAUUUAAAUAAGCUGCCAGGCGGAUGUGGUAGGAUCGCAGGUGGGCAGGAACUGGCGGGUGGCAGAAGGAUGCCAGCCAAAGGACGCAAUAUUGCAACAUCCGCAAAUUCGGGGACACGGAAUCAAAGCUGAAGGAGCAACCGCAGCAAUACUCUCAAGGCGACGCAUGUCAAUGUCAAAGUUGAACCAGAAGUAGAGGCAGUAGAAGAGGGCCAGGAACGGACGUGGGCGGGUCAAGAGCUACGGCUAUAGCUUAUAAAGGCAAAAGCAUUUUAACUGCAGAUGACAAAGAAGGUUGUGCUACAUCUACAUAGUAAAUACAAAACAAAUCUAAGCAUAAGAAAACCCCAAAAACCACACCCAAAACCCAGAGAAACCUAGACCAAAAUAAACAGGGCAGCAGCAAACAAGUGGAGGGCAAUCCCCGGAAUUUCGAUUGCCCAGGCUCCAAGCUGGCAAACUGGGAAGGCGGACGAAUACGGAUACGGUGACCCGUUUUGCAGGCAAGAUGUCCGUGGACUUUAUACUGCCCAAUCGCAAUAAGAUCCAAACGAUUGCCUAUGCGAGUGCCAGCAAGAAGUAUGUGCCCGGUGGAUCGGGAUCCACCCUGAGCUCCGGAUCGGUAUCGGCAUCGGGUGCCGACUUGCAGAGCUGGCGACGACCCAAGCCCAGGACCUCCGGAAAGGUGAAGUUCGAUGAUAAAUCCCCGCUGACUGCCAGUUCGGUGCUAAAAAAUGCCAAUGGAAAUGGCCUGGGAACUGGAGGCAAGUCACCUCUCAAAUCGCUGGCCAAAAGGAACUCGCGUUCAAUUCUCAAGCGGGAGAUCAUCGAUCUGGACGACGAGGAUGGCGAGGAGCAGGAGGAUCAGCUCUGCGAACAUCUGGAAUGGUCCGCCGCCCAAUCUCUGGUCCAAAUGAACUCCUCCAAGCAGGAAAAGCAACGGCGAGCAGGAACUACAGGAUCUCCUGCAACUGUGGCAGCGCCAGUCUCCGCCUCAGUGUCGCUGCGCCGUCCAGUGGGCAGAGCUCCGGCGGAGGAUGGCAAGGUGAUUUUCUAUGCCCCGCCCGCCAGCGCCAGUGGAUCUCCGCGUCAGCCGGAGCCGGUGGCCUUGAAGAGGGAGCGCGAGCGGGACAAGGAGCGCGAGAGGGAAAAAGAACGCGAGCGGGACCGCAUGCGGGAACAACAAUUGGUCGCGGCGACGGCAGCGGCAUCGAUUUACCGGGGUCGCAGCGUGGAGGAAACGGAAGCGGCCCACGAUCUGCUCUCCCUGUCACAGAGUCUGCCGCCCCUGAUCCCGCCAUGCGUGGUCACCAUCAUGAAGCAGGAGCAGGAGCAACUGCGCUCCCCGGAAAUCCAGGAGAUAUCGAACAGCGCUUCCAGCCGAUCGCCCCAGUCGACCAUCCGGUUCAUUGGCAGCAGCUCAUACGACCUGAUGGGUGGCUCCUCGGAGGGGGCCAACAAUUGCUCGCCUCUGACGCCGCCGAACUCGGACCACAGCUCCGACGUGGAUAUCGACAUGUCUUCCUCCUCCGAAUCAGGUCUGCAGCAGUGGGGCAAGCCCAAUCCGCAGCAAAACCAGCAGCGUGCCUCGGCCCUCAAGAUGUGCCUCAACAUGCUGGAUGGCAGGACCAAGGCGAGCAAGGCGGCUGCUGUGACCAAGCAGGACAGGCAGGAACCGAUGCAGCCGCGUCCCAAGAGUGCCCAGAGCAAUGCCUCGUCAGGAGGUGGUCCGCCAUCGGAGCCGCCAGAGAAUCCGGCAGCCAGCCUGGGACACAGCUCCUCCGGCAACGGGGAGAACUACGCCAAGCGGAAGAGGGGCUGCUACAAGUGCUGCGAGUGUGGCAAACAGUAUGCCACAUCAUCGAACCUCUCGCGCCACAAGCAGACCCAUCGCUCGCUGGACUCACAGUCGGCCAAGAAGUGCAACACCUGCGGCAAGGCCUAUGUUUCCAUGCCCGCCCUGGCGAUGCACUUGCUCACGCACAAGCUCUCGCACAGCUGCGACAUCUGCGGCAAGCUCUUCUCCAGACCCUGGCUACUCCAGGGACACCUUCGGUCCCACACCGGCGAGAAGCCCUACGCCUGUGUCCAUUGCGGCAAAGCCUUUGCCGACCGCUCCAAUCUGCGGGCCCACAUGCAGACCCAUUCGGGCGAUAAGAACUUCAAGUGCCAUCGCUGCAACAAGACCUUCGCCCUCAAAUCGUACCUCAACAAGCACCUGGAAUCGGCAUGCCUCCGGGAUGCCGGGGCCAUCGAUCAGGGCAAGGGUCUGGAGGAGGAGGACGACGACUGCAGCAAGCAGGACGAACUGGAGAUGGGCGACGAGCUGGAGAGCGAUGAGAACAGCCAGGACAUUGUGGUGGCCUAGGGACAAUCGACCUAGGGAACUCUCCUGCCCGCAACUAAGAUACUUUAUACCAGAACCCUAUAAGCAAUACUCGAGCACCCUUAUCAAAUUAAUACUAAAAUGAAUUAACAAAACCAAAUGAGAAUUAUAAACAAACAAAAUCUAGUCUAGAAAUCGGCUUACUAGCGGAGUAGUUCUUUAAAUGGCAGAUGAUCACGAUGAUAAUGAUGACGAUGACGAUGAUGAUGAUGGAUCUCAACUCAAUAGAAUCUUCUUCAAGCAGUUAUAUACACACACACUUAUAUCUACUCACUUAUAAUCUGAACUAUUCCAAAAUCUCUCCAAGUUGCAACUUUUACUGAACGAAGAUUGGGAGGCGUAAGAACAAAGAAAACAAAAACAAAAGGUUUGAGAAGGAAAUCCAAAACGUAACUUAUAGUAAAAAUCUGACACAACGAAUAUUAUGGAACAUAAGUAGAAAUUCUAUAUAUACACAGAUCAAAUAAGCAUUAUAUACAGAUGGAUGGUAGGAAGACGGAAAAACGGUGCAAACGGCAAAUUAUAUGUAUACAUAUGAACUAAAUGAUUAAUACCUAGCGAGCAGAACCAAUUUGCAUGUUUUUUGGUAAAUAACUACUUUUAGGCAUCGUUUUAGGGCUCUAGAGUUUAUAUACACCCCCUCACAAGAACCGGAUACCCAGAGACACACAAACCGGACACCAUUCGCCAGAUAACUAACACUAAUCUCCAAUCACCACUAGAUGUAGUCCUUAGAGUACCGAAGGAUUCGAUCGGAGCUCAGUUCAAGUCCUAGCAAACUAAUCAAUUAGUGAACUUAUAGCACUCCCACAACUCCCUAUAUCUCUCUUGCUCUUAGACUCUCUUAACCGUGCUCAAUGAUCAAGAUAGCGCUCGCGGAUCGUAUAUAUAUAUAUACACAUAUAUAUAUAUAUAUAUAUAUAUGUAUACAUAUAUAGGAUCAGAAUCGAACGAGACGAACCCUUUUUAACCGCUGCGGCAACUUUACACUCUAACCAAGUUUAAGAUGAGAUUACUUCCAUAUUAUGCUCUAACUCGAUAAACGGAAAACUACUUCAAUUACUUAGAAAUGAUUAAAAUUAAUGAGAAAACAAUUUAGAAACAUAUCACAAGGACAAUACUUAACAUAAAUAAAUACAUUCAAAGUAUGGAAAGUAUAUAUAGUGGCGAAGGAAUCGCGACCCCAAUUAAGACAUUCUCAUACACAUGCAACAAAGUACUUAUACAUACGAAAUAGUUAUUUUAUUACUAGCAUUAGAGUCCCCCCGACCCCCGUCGUGUACAUACAUAUAUAAGCUCCACAUGAAAUGCAAGUUUAAAAACAAUUUUUUACAAGAAACUACCCCCGUACCCGCGACCCCUCGAGCUUUGGCCCAGCCAAAGGUUUCUAAUGGACAGGAACACACCUCCUUCCCAAUCGCAAAAGGAUAUACAUGCAUAGGCAAAAGAAUAUAUGUAUGUAUAUCCCAAUAUACCCAAUGUUCUGGGAGGUCGAAGGUGAAGAAGAUAGCAGAAAGGUUGAUGAAACGAUGAUGAUAGAUGUAGAAGACGCACUUGUAAAACAAAUGAUAACUAAAAGCAAUUCCAAAGUUAAGUGACAUAGUUUUUAACAAACCAAACAAAAAGCAUACAAAAAUUUGUAAUUCUAUAAAACAAAACAAAAAAAAAAAAAUCGAGAAGUAUUGAUAUAUACACAAACAUGUAUUUAUUUUACGCGUAGUUUUUAUUCCAAAACCUAGAAGCAAAGGGCAAUGAAAAACCAAAAGAGUAAACUUGAAAACAAUUUAAUUAAAUUGUCAAUUACGAUUAUUUCAUAAUUUAAGAAUUGAUGAACGUGGCAGACGCAGACGCGAUAGAGGUUAUUUUUUAAAGCAUAUAUAUACACAUAAAUAUAUUACAAAUAAAUAAAUAUAUUUAAAAGAGGCAGUUUUAUAUCGAAAUUAAUAAUAGUAAAUGCAAAGUAACAACAAAAUAUUGAAAACCAUUCGAACUUAAUUAUACAACGAGCAAGAAACCAUUAAUUAUAAACACACCGCCCCGCCCCCCACACCCUCCCUCACACAACAUACAAAUACGCCCACAUUUUAUAGCAACAACAGAUUAUAUUACAUCGUAUCUACAUACGUGCGCGCCAUGUAGAUAACCACGUAAAGUAAUGCCGCAUGUCGCAGUUCUAGCAGCAAUUCUAGAAUCUAGAAUAUCGGGGCAGAAUUAGAAUUUAGACCAGUGAGUGCUAUGUGCAUUGUUUAUAGGGCCAUAGUUCGAAAUCGUGUUUAUGCAUGGCUUUAUUGAUGAUUAUUGAUAGCGUUUUAAAUAGCAUUAAAUGCCUAUAUACACAUAAGCAAACCAAAUAAAAACCGAAAAAGAAAAAACCAAUGAAAAACUAAAAAAAAAAAACGUAUAUAAGAAAUUCCAUUGAACAGUAGUGGUAACAAUUAUGUGAUUUGCAAUUUUACAUUCAAAAUAUAUAUGAAAUAAUUACGAAUAUAAAUAGAUUAUAUAUUGAGGCGAGCGUUUAAUUGAUUUAUUUAUGAGUAAGAUUUAUUUAUACACAUUAUACACCACAAAAAAUAAAAGUGAAAUGAAAACGAGAAACGAGAAGCAAACAAAAUGACAAAGAGCUAAAAGUAUGAAGAACUCGAAUGAAUUGAAGUGGGGCUAAAAUAUGAAGCUAAAAAUAUUUUUACACAGCAACCUUGUUUUAUACACGCAACAAGUUGAGUCCCAAAAUCGAAAUACCCCGAACACAACUGCAAAAAUUAAUUAGAGCCCCCAAAACACUUACAAAACAGAUGUGCAGCUGUGCUCCCGAUUUCUCUUUACUUAACUUUAGUUAAUUUUGUUUGGUUUCAAAAAUAUGUAAACACAUAUUUUAAUGUUAAAUACACAUCCGAGGUUUAAGUUUAAUAUUUAGGUUCAGUAUUUACCGGUAUGUUCAUAUUACACAAUUGGAAAAAUGUGUUAUUUAAUCAAACCAUAAAUAUAUAUUUAUCCAUUAGUUUAUAUAAUCGUUGAAAAGGAAGUCGGGAACUUCAGCUGAUCGGCCCAAACACCCUCUUGAUAGAAUGAAAUAAUUUCUAGAUUAAAGACACCAAUUACAUUUUGAUUAUUAUACAAUAAACAAAAGGGCAGAAAUCGAACGGUGAGAUAUUUUAUAAAAUGAACGAUGAAUAACGUAAAGAUAUUAAUUUAUAUAUUCAUAUAUUAGAGAUGCAAAAAGACUUGAACAGUUAUAUACAUUUAAAAUUGCAAUAUAUUGUAUACUUCAUUAAAAAAAAAUAUAUACAUACAUACCGGCAUAUAUGCAACCACGUAUAUAAGUAAACAUAUUUAACUUAUUUAUAUAUAAAUGCUUACAGCGAACCAUAAACAUAUACAUCAUAAACCGAAUCUCAACUUUUCCAAUGCAAGACGAAUAGGAAUCCCUCAAGUAACUCAAGAUCAAUUCAAGUAUAUACUCAAUGACCACACGGCCGGCGCGAUCGCCUGGCCGUACAGGAAUAUAUAUAGCUAAAGAUAUAUAGUAAUACGUAUGAAUGCAAUACGAUGCCACGCCCACUCCCGAUUGGCGGGCAGCGAUUUUAAGGCGCCGCCCCAUCGGAGUUUUCACAGAUUAGAUUUUUCCUUUUGAUACUUAGCAUUCGUUCUUGUUCUACUUUUAGUUAGAGAAUGUUCAACUAGUUUCAGCUUCCGUAGGAGUUAAAUAAUCGACUUUAAACACAAACCACACCUAGAUGAACGAACACCCAGCUAUACUAAUAAGCCCGUUACCCCUUGACCCUUGACCCUUGACCCCGUAACCCCAUACACUCUAUUAGACACUAGCCGACAUCUACAGACCUACCCACAUGCAUAACCAUGCGAUUUUAUGGCAAAUAUGUAGAGCAUAUAACCUAUUAUAUCCCAAAGAAAGCUAAUCCAUUCUUAAAUUAAAAUACACACGAAUAGCCGGAGGAGAAAGCGAACCGAUUCGAUUCGAAAUUCGAAUCAUAACGAACGAAAGCAGAAGAAUCACACCAGAAGAAUCCGUUAUGGAAAUGACAACAAACAAAGAAUUAAACUCCCCCCCAAAAGAAACAAACAAAAAACAAAAAACACGAAGCAUCCAAUACAAAAUCCGAAAACGAUGAGUCGAUGGAAUAUAAAUUAGAAUCAUAGUUAUAAACGCUACACCCACACACUAGUGCAGCCAUGUAACUAUUUUUAGAGCCUCGGAAAUAAACAUACAUAAAAUACAUAAAAAUAUUAAAUAAACGAC